AUGUUAGCAAAAUUUAUAAACCGCAAGCCUUCUACAGUUGUUUCGGUCGGAAUGCCCAAAGCCGCGAGAUCCCUGUUUGUGUUAAAGCCACAGACUUUCAGAACCUUCGCUUCAGCUGUUGCUCAUGAGCCACCCAAGUUACAACUUCGAGACUAUCAAGAAGAAUGUAUCGAGUCGGUUCUGACUGCUUUGGAAAAUGGGCAUAAAAGAGUUGGUAUAUCGUUAGCAACUGGAAGUGGAAAGACAGUUAUCUUCACACAACUCAUAGAUAGAAUCCCAUCAACAAACAAGGACGCUCAACAGACACUGAUCUUGGCUCAUCGCCGUGAGCUUGUGGAACAAGCUGCGAACCAUUGUCAACGCGCGUAUCCAGAUAAAAGAAUCGAGAUUGAGAUGGGCAACGUCCAUGCAACUGGAACAGCAGAUAUUACAGUUGCUAGCAUACGAAGUCUCACAUCACCGGGCCGGCUUAAGAAGUUCGACCCAUCUCGAUUCAAACUCUUGCUAGUUGAUGAAGCCCACCACAUCGUCGCUCCAGGCUACCUCAAGGCCCUUCGUUACUUUGGACUGGAUGAGAAGCGACCUGAGUCCCCAAACUUGGUCGGUGUGUCUGCUACCUUCUCACGUUUCGAUGGUGUCAAACUGGGUGCAGCCAUUGACGAAAUUGUCUACCACAAAGACUAUGUGGACAUGAUAUCCAAAAAGUGGCUGUCAGAUGUCAUCUUUACGACCGUCGAGUCCAAAGCGAACCUAUCAGAUAUCAAGAAGGGCGCUUUUGGCGAUUACCUCCCCGGAGAACUGUCCAAGGCCGUCAACACCAGCGAGACCAACGAUAUCACUGUACGCAGUUGGAUGGCAAAGGCUGCGGGAAGAAAGUCGACACUUGUGUUUUGUGUUGACGUCGCUCAUGUGGUCGAGCUGACAAACCAAUUCCGGCAGUACGGCUUUGACGCGAGAUAUGUGACUGGAGAAACCGCCAAAGUUGAGAGAGGUGAAACCCUAGAUUCUUUUCGCAGGGGUGAAUUCCCAGUGUUGGUCAACUGCGGUGUCUUUACUGAAGGAACUGAUAUCCCCAAUAUCGACUGCAUUGUUCUUGGCAGACCGACAAGAUCACGUAAUCUACUCGUCCAAAUGAUUGGUAGAGGAAUGCGACUUCACCCAGGAAAGAAAAACUGCCAUAUCAUCGAUCUUGUCUCGAGUCUGGAUACUGGAAUUGUAACCACGCCCACGCUGUUUGGCCUUGACCCUGAUAUUCUGGUGGAGAGGGCAACAGUGAACGAGCUGCGCAAGAUCAAGGAUACCGAACAUGUCAAAUCCGAGCAGCCUCUGUCUUACAAGACAAGUUCCGGGCCAGCAUCUGGUAGUGUGACGUUCACAGACUAUGACUCGGUCCUAGAUCUCAUCGCCGAUACGUCCGGCGAGAAGCACAUCCGCGCAAUUAGUAAAUAUGCAUGGGUUCAAGUAGGAGGAGAAAAGUUUGUUCUAUCAGCUCCAAACGGCUCUUAUGUUCGAAUCGAGAGAGUUAGUGACCGGUUCAACACUACGGCACCGCUUUACCGAGCUAUAGAAGUACGAGCUCUGCCACCAGGCAUGUCCAAAGCCCCGUAUGCCAUGCCAAGGGAGAUCCUCACUGCUGCUACGUUCACUGAUGCCGUGCACGGGGCAGACAGCUUCGCGGCGAAGGUGUUCCCUCACACAUUCAUCCACCGCUAUCAAAAGUGGAGGACAUACCCGCCUACGCAGGGACAAGUGGACUUUAUCAAUAAGAUGCGCGGCAAGGCUGAACCUUUGACGAUAGAAAAUCUGGACAAAGGCAAGGCUGCGGAUAUGAUCACAAAGCUAAAGCAUGGCGCGCGUGGACAGUUUGCAAAGAUAGAGGCAGGGCAGAGAAAGAAGGAUAAAGCGGACAGGGCAGCCGAGGCCAAGAGGCUUCGGGAGCACGUCAAGGUAGGACCUGUGGCAUCCUGA